AAAGACUUUUAAUACAUACUACUAUUUGUUUAAUUGAACACCAAACCCCCACGGCCGAAACAGGCCCGGUGGUAUUGUUCGAUUGAUGGAUCAAACACUUUGUGGGGAGUGCUGGAGCCUAUCGCAGCUGUCAACGGGGAGGAGGCAGGGUACACCCUGAAGUGGUUGCCAGCCAAUUGCAGGACACAUCGAGAUAAAUAGCCGCACUCACAAUCACACCUCGGGGCAAUUUAGAGUGUCCAAUUAAUGUUGCAUGUUUUUGGGAUGUGGAAGGAAACCGAAGUGCAGGAGAAAACCCAAGCAGGGACAAGGAGAACAUGCAAACUCCACACAGGCGGGGCCAGGAUUGAACCCGAGUCCUCAGAACUAUGGGGCCAAUGCUUUACCAGCUGAGUCACCGUGCCACCCAGUUAAAACAUGCAUUCAAAAAGUUUGAGAAGGUCAUACUAAGUUCAUCCGGAAAUGCUAUGCACUGCCUGAAAUUUCACCUGAAGGCCAAAUAUAGUUGUACAUCUUCAUAUUGUGUUGUUCUCCACAAGAAUGGCACCAUAAACAAUCAAAUAAAUUAGGGGAGUCAGUAUGAUGAAGUGUGUAAACUGCCACAGCUUCCCACGGAAAGGUCCUGGAAAGGUACCAGAAAUCUAGUGAAAAUUUUCCGUCCCUUAACAAAUCCCAUUGGGGUUCGAUGUCAAAGUGUAAUAUAUUUGCAUAGUCUGCUCCUCUGACUUCCCCUCGCAUGGCUGCAUGUGCUCAGGUCGUUUCAUGUGACAUCUUUGAAAGCAACAAACUGAAGAAUGACUUCCAGCAAAAGGCCGAUCCACUUGUAGCGCUGACUGAUUGUGUCGUCUUCUCGCCGCUCGCAGUCAGACCCGUCAAAUGGAGAAUCUCGAGAAGAUCCGCGCGAGGAAGAGGCUGCUCGCGCGAGGCAGCUCAGCGUCAUCAGCAGAAGUCAGCAGGCCAACGAGGAGCUGAGGAGGGCGCAGAUAGACGGAGCCAUCACUUGGCUGAGGUCGGAACUGUUGGAGAUGCGCUCACAGGACCUUCAGCUGGCUCAAACGCUCCUGGGACUCAACACGGAGAUCCAAAGACUGAGGAUGGAGAGUUAUGGAGGUGCCGAGGACGCAGGAGACCAUCAGUAGUCUGUAGUAGUAUGCUGGACGGCCAAUAAAAGUGCAUAAAUAUGAAGCUUUGUGAUAUUGAAAUACAGUACUGUGCUUUUAAAUGAUGAUCGGAUGUACAUAUGUCUUAUUAAUCGCCCAUUAUAUUAGAAUAAAAUAAAAAUGACUCCAAUCGCAUCGCAAGUAAGCCAGGCAAGAAAAAAAAAGAUGUUUUGCACCUUUUCCAAAAUGUGCAAGAUGUCGUUCCCAUAAGGUAAGACUUAAAGAAAAAUCACUGCUGCUGUUUCCAUUCCAUCUUUAU